AUGUCCGUGUUAAAUGCGUAUCUCAACCCUCUGACCUAUCUGAACACCUCUAUUGGUACCACAAAGCUUGAUAACCUUCUCAUGCAAAGCUGGUUAUUCCCUGCCCUUGUGGCACUCGCAAUUGCAGGGCGUCUACUUCUCUCCAUCUAUUCCACUUGGCAUCAUGCCCAGAAAGCUAGCAGGAUAGGCUGUGGAGAAGUCCCUCUCUACUCCAGCCAGGACCCUUUCGGUAUUUCCACCCUCCUCGAGACACUUGACGCAGCGAGAGAGAAGCUGCUCCCACAACUGGCAGAGAGGAGGAUGACUUUCCUAUCCCGCAAGCAUGACAGAUACGUUUCAACCUUUCGUAUGUGCCAGGCUGGUCGGGAGAACAUGUUCACGGCAGAUCCCAAGAAUAUCCAGGCUAUGCUGGCGACUCAGUUCAAGGAUUUCGGUUUGGGUGAUAUGCGUCGUAAUGUAGCGAAUCCAGUUGUUGGUCAUGGAAUCUUUACUACUGAUGGCGAGAGUUGGUCACGUUCUCGAUCACUGCUACGGCCUCAGUUUACGCGAGAUCAGAUUGGCAAUCUUGAUAGGGAAGAACGUCAUGUUCACAAUGCGUUGUGUGCCAUUCCGAUGCUAUCGGACGGCUGGUCCUCCGCAGUGAAUAUUCAGGCCAUCUUCUUUCGUCUUACCCUUGACUCGGCCACAGAGUUCCUCUUCGGUAAAAGCUGCGAUAGCCAGGUUGCUGCUAUGCAACAGGAAGCGGGACCAGCCCCGGAUGAUACUUUUCUCUACGGGUUUGACCGGUGCAUGUGGUAUCUUGCGGAGCGAAUCCGGUUCGACCGGCUCUACUGGGUCAUCUACAAUCAGGAGUUUCGGAAGUGCAUUGACAUUGUGCACGCCUUCGUGGACCAGUAUGUUCACUCUGCUCUGAAGCAGGUGCAGCAGCAGGAAGAGCAACCCCAGGGCAUCAAAAAGGUUCCCUCGCAGUAUAUCUUCCUGAAUGCCCUGACUGGUACUACUAAAGACCCCGUCAGGCUGCGCGAUGAGUCUCUAAACGUCCUCCUAGCAGGCCGUGACACAACGGCUUCUCUACUGAGCUGGACGAUUCUCCUUCUCGCACGACACCCGCACAUCUUCUCAAGACUUCGAAGCGAUAUCCUCGAGCAAUUUGGGACCUACGAACUGCCUCGGAACAUGGACUUUGCGUCUUUGAAAUCAUGCCAGUACCUUCAGCAUUUUCUCAACGAAGUCCUUCGUCUCUACCCGGUCGUACCCUUGAACCGCCGUUGCGCGACAAAGGAUACUACGCUUCCUCGUGGCGGCGGGAAAGAUGGUACCUCCCCGAUCUACAUUCGCAAGGGCCGUACAGUCAUGUACAGCACCUAUGUCCUGCACCGUCGAAAAGAUAUUUGGGGCGAGGAUGCUGAAAUCUUCAAUCCGGACCGGUGGGUCGGCCGGAAGGUCACCUGGGAGUAUAUACCGUUCAAUGGGGGACCCAGAACGUGCAUUGGUCAGCAGUUUGCAUUGAUGAGGUCGAGUUAUGUGCUGGUGAGAUUGUUGCAGAGGUAUGAUAAGAUUGAGGAUGUGCAAUCUGAGAGAGAAAUCCGGUAUAGUGUUUCCCUUACUUCUUGUCCGGCUGAUCCGGUGACUGUCAGAUUUCAUCAGGCGGAGGUGGAGGGUUGA